AUGGCUCCAACUGUCCGUGACCUCAUAUUCGUCCUUGAGAUGUUCUUUCCACGCUGGAUGGCCAUGGGGCAGGCUCUAUGUGUUCUUGAUACUGUCCGGCUGCUCUUCCCCAUCCUGCAACUCCACCGCCGUCAGCGCCAGGAUCGACGGCAACCACGACUUACUGGAUGGCUGAAAAGCAUAUUGGCCUCGAUCAAAACUGCAUAUCAAGGCCCUCAGGCGCAUAUCGGCUAUGGUGGACGGGAGGCGGAAGCCGAGGCGGAGGAGUAUGCCGAGGCUAUGCAUGGCGAUCUGGAAGUCCUGUUUGAGCUCAUGGGCUGGGAUGAUGAACAUCCCGUGAAUGCUGGUUUAUAUACUAACUCAUACCUGGUGUUGUGCACAGAACGGCGGAGCUGCGCAGUAUGUGCAAUCACAGGUCACGAAGCUUCACUCCGGCGCCGCAUAGAAGGGCGCAGAGUCAAGGUUUUGACGGCAGGUCUUCGAUGGGUUCAGGCUGAGCUGUUCGUAGGGCACUGCAUCAACUGCAGGGCAGACCACUAUCCCGACAGAGUCACCUACCCAAAUGGCCAUGGGGAACGUAUCGAGCGUCUCGAGUAUGACACCAAGUAUCUUCGCAUCUCGAAGCACGGAAUCUGGACGGAGCGAGAUGUUGCGGUCAUGCAGGAACACAUGCUGUUACGGUUUCGUGCAGGGUGGUCGAAUGUCGCAGACUAUAUCAACGAUCUCCUACCACAAGGCACUCUACAGGUCACGUACCGACAAUCACGCCGUCUGUUCCUCGAACACUUCUCACGACGGUUACUCGUGGCACAUCAAAAGGCUCAUGACUUCACAUGCCCAGCGCACCCGAGUUCACAGAUGUUUGCGGAGCAUGUCAGACGGAAGAUCGGUGAAGACGGAGGAGUCAACAUCCAAGCACUACAUCAUGGUUGCACAGGCUGUACUCACCGCAAACGCUACCGUGCCGAUCUUGUGCAGGAGGGUGCCAUGUUUCACGAGAUUGAUGCUGUUGCUGGCAUUCAGCGUGCAGAUCUGGAACUCGCCGCAGUGGACAAUGCCAAUGCCGAGAUUAGGCCAAUCCCCGUAGGCAUUCCCAUUCGUCCACCCGCCCAAGACGCACCCGCUCCAGGUGAGCCACGUGGAUAUGUUCGAAUGGCCGUUAUGGACGGGAAGAAUGUUGGACAUCGUAUAUGUGCCCUUGAAGACUGUCGCAAACCCCUGAUUAACUUCAGGGAUGGUCGCUUCUGUCAGGACCACACACCUAUGCAAGAUAUAUGUGGCAUCAUACCGUGCGGGCGCCCUGUCCGUAAUCAUAGCGCCAUGACAUGCGAUGAUCCCGUCCAUCGCAACUGGCAUCAACAAUGGCUGAAUCGCUUCAGCCGUCUUUCGUUUCCUGGAGUGCAGCGAGUCAUCCGUCAGCAACGGUUGGACCCAAACGCAGGCCACGCACCCCGGGCAGGACCCACUCUACGAGUGAACUUGCCAGCGCUGAAUGAAAUCCCCGGAGAUCGCGUCGUCCAUACAUUCCGCGCGCGUUCUGUCUACUGUCUGGAGACACUCCAGUGGGCUUGCGGCAUGCCAAUCGCAUGGGGGAAGUGCUACAAAUCCGAGAGUCAACCCCAGGUUUACGCAUUCAUUGAUCGUGUAUGGCAAACUCACCGUGACCUCCGCCCCGGAUUCAUCGCCUAUGACGAUGCCUGUGAUCUCCUCCGACACAUCGUCACACAGAACCCCGGGGAUUCCUGGCUUACGACUACGAAGUUCAUCGUAGAUGCCUGGCAUUAUAUCGGGCACAAGGCGACGGAUGCGCUGUGCCGGAUGUGGUGUAAUCCUGCACCGAAGGAUGGCUCUCAGCCUGAUCUCGUUCUCAUACAGGAGGAUGAGGAUGGAGCGAGACAUCAAAUACGCGCCUUCAACACGGAGACCGCGGAGCAAUUGAACUCCUGGCUGGAUGGUUUCGAGGCCCAACUGCGCAAUAUGACCAACAUCAACUACGAUAUCUUCGUCCAUACACUCUUCAUGCUGUAUGCCGAGCGUGUCCAAAGACGCAUAGACUCGAGUGGUGACGCGUUGGAUGACGGUUUCUGGGAGGAGGUGGAUGCGAGGGCAGAGCAAGGCGAGGCGGCCAUAGACGACCGAAUGCGCGUAGAUCAAGACGAGGCAGCCAUAGACGACCGAAUGCGUGUAGAUUAA